GUUCAGUUCCGGUUUCAACAAUAAGUAGCGUACGCGACUCUCCUGAAAUUACUCCGAAUAACCGACGACGACCGGCACGCUAUAUUGUUACGUCAGCAUCGAGAUGACUUCCGCAAAGAAAUAGUCUUGCUCCGAAUCAUGAUUGGCCGGUGCGUUUGAACCUCAAUGAUCGGAGCUGUACGUGAAUACGUUGAAUAGAAAUUUUUGAAGCUGCGCUAUUCGGAAACGGGGAGAAAAUGCUCGCGGUUACUUUCGUCGCAUUAUUUUGUGCUUUGAGUCUGAAUUCUUCCGACUUCUCCGAGGCGAUGCCGGUAGCCGGAAAGCCGGUGAUCGCGGAACGUAAAUCCGUAGCAACCAGGUCGGAAAUACCGGCAGCGAUCAUCACCAGGGACAAACUAAUCGAGAUCGCUCGUUACGCGAUGCGUAGGGUGGCUUCGAGGUUCAACAUCACUCUUCAAACCACCGCAAGUUCCGAGAAACUUCCUCGUUACGUGGAAAAAGCUAACGUCGUUUCUCGACGCGUCGACAAAGCCGAGGCCAAGCCGACCACUCUUCGUUCGAAGUACAGUUACGAAGUUUUUGGAAAUUCCGAUCCAAGUGGACGAGGAGAUUCCAUUCAGGGGUUGGCACCGCCUUGCAAAAAGGACGACAAACUGGAAGAUUUCGGUUCGCUAGUUUUGGACACAUCCGUCAUCGAUAUUGGAAAAGAAAGUGUCAACGGUGAUCAUCGAUUGUCGGCGAACGGCGUAGAGGGUGGACCGUACCUGAUGGUCGAGCCGUUUCUCGGCUAUCCCGGUGGAAAAAAACCACCUGAGUCUACCACUCCUAAUCGUUACGACUUCGAAAUAAUACCGAAAUUUCCCGAAACCGAACCAGUUCCCGCGAAGCCGGAAAAAACCACCGAAGUCGCGACGAAGGAAAAGGAUCAGCAGCAGCCUCCGUCGCCUAUAAUAUUGAAGGACUUGACGAUCGAGCCGAUUCCGUCGGGAGAAUCUAAAGGAGGAGCCGCGAUGUCCGUACCUUUCGAAGCUGUGAUAACGUUCACGAGACAGCACUCUGCGUCGCUGCCGAAAUCGAAAAUGUCGAGAGUCGACGACAUGGAGGUAAUUCCAACGAGGGAUCCUCCGGAUGAUUUUCCGCCAUAUUUUGAAACGGUUUACACGCUGGAGAAAAAAAUGAACGACUCCUCCGGUGGUGCGAAUUUCACCAAAGUCCACCGAAACGCCGUCAACGAAGUGGACGUUGAUAAAAAGGACAAGACCAAUGACAUGCUGAAAAGGCAGACACCGAAGAUCGGCGACAUAUUAGGCAUGCUCGGUAUUUCCACGAAAACUACGAAAUUCGGCGGAAACUCGAAAAAUCCAACGCCUGCGUCUGCCCUUAUCGCCAGUCCGCCGAGAAAGACGAAUCCAUUCCAAAUAUCGAACAACAAACCCGAAGAGAUCACAACGACGCCUCGAACCCGCGACGGUGCGAUGUUCCAGAGACAAGAAAUCGAGGAGUCGUCCGAAGAGGAGGAGGAAGGAGGAUCGCUGGGAUCCGUUACGGAUCUACUUCCCCUGGUUCUACCCAUCCUGGAAGACCUCAGUGACCCGAACACCGACACAAAUGUUGCCGACCUUCUUCAAGCCGGUUUACCCUUGGUACAAGGCCUGUCGCAAGGCGGGGGAGACGGAGAAGGAAUCGACUUCGUAGGCGUCGUCACACCAAUUCUAACGAGCUUGUUCGGGCCUAGUCGCAACGGCACCGGAACGGUUCUUCAAGCGAUCCUUCCACUGGUGCUUCCAUUGCUGACUCCGUUCAUCGCACCUCUAAUCGGUCCCCUGGUUCAGGCGAGCACAAACCCUGGAGACCAAGGCGGAUCAUCGAUCGUUCCGGUGAUUCAGGCGCUCGCCGGACCCCUGAGUCUGCCGGCCGAACCUGGUGGCAUUUCACCCGCCGCAGGACUAAUAUCCGGGAUUAUAGCCAGCCUCAGCAAAGACUUGAAAUCCGGUAAGGGUGGAUCCGACGUCGGCGCUCUCGUCAGCACACUGGUUUCCGGGUUGAUCGCCGGUGGGAGUGCGGGAAUCAGCGCCGGACUCAACAGUAAAACGAAACACCCGCCUACGUCCGUGUCACACGGAUACGGAACGUAUGGCCAGGGUCCCGUUCCGGCUGGCAGCGUCGAUACCUUCGAUCUUCUGGGCGCGUCGAUCAAAGAGAUUUUCGGAUUAUCGCUGCAACUUGUGACGACCGUAGUCUCGUCGGUGACGGGGAUUUUGGGUGCCAGUUCCACGCCGCAACAACCUCGACCCGUUUACGGGCCUCCGACCAACGCAGCUUAUUCACGCCUAAGGUAAUCCAAAACCUGGGAAAUAUUUCCAAUCGACAAACGACAUCCUCAAAAACGAUUGCUCAACUAUUCCCAAAAGCGACGAAUGAAAAAUUUCCCACAUUAUUGGGUGAUCGAUGAUUCGCCUGGGCGUUCUACCAUAAAUUUCAUUGAUUUCAUCGCGUAGAUUUAGUUCGAAAUGACGUCACGGAAUUAUAGGUGAUUUUGCGCUCGAAGAAAAAAAUCAAACAAAAAUUAAUUUAUGUGCAGACUUUCCAAUUCGUGAGUUCGAUUUAUAUUCGAUUUUUUUUUUUUCUUUUUCUUUUUCUUAUCCUGGAAACAGAUUUUUAACAAAGUUCUACAUGAUGUGAUUCAAUUGACCGUUGAAAUAGUUGAAUUUAUCCGCUUUCAAUUGAUGUUACUGCAAUUGAAAUUUUACCUCAGAAAUAACGUCAUCUGAAAUUCAUUUCUUCGGGCUAAUUGAAUUGGGAUGUUUGUAUAUCGCUGUAAAUUUGUACAAUGCGGAUAAUUAUUCUGUGUUACAUAUUGUUAUUAUUAUCAUCAUCAUUAUUAAUAUUAUUAGCAUUUUAACUGUAAUAUGUGCCUACGUACAUAACACAAAUGAAUAAGUGAAAGUCGAAUACAACUCACAUGUAGGAGUGAAAAAACAAUAGGACGUCAUUUGGUAUCAACGAUAAAGGUAUGUAACUAUAUAAUUACAUGGGUGAUAAAUUUGUUCAUGUAGAAUAUAAUAAAUAGAUGUAUAUUUAUAGCAGCUAUCAGUACUUAACGUACACUAUUUAAAAUUACUCAAAUGUUGUCGAUCGUUUUAAUUUCCAUCUGUACAAAUGAAUAUACCUAUGUAUACAGGCGCGCACUUUGAUCAAGUUGGAUAACCAUGCCGGUAGAAUUAACGGCGAGAAAAUUUGUAAAACCUACACUUUCCUCCGAUAUAGAUAUGUGUGUAAAUUGUGCCCCAGAAGUCGACCGGUAAUAAAAAUCAGCAAACAGAACCCAAUUUUUUUUCCUCUUCAUUAUUUUUUCCCGGUCUACUUCCGCAUGGCUCCGGCAGUAACUUGGAACUUUGAGGAAGUAUCGAAUCUCCGGUUACGCGCACUCUACGCUGCAGGUACGUACAUAAGUAGGUAUAAUGCGUGUAAUAUAUAAGCACUCAUGUACUUACAUAUCUCCUGUAACACGCGGUAUACUUAUAUGACGUAGUUUGUUACGCAUGGAGCAAAUUUUCGUUACGCCUAGCGGUGCAGUUCGUUGAUAUAAAAGUACAUCGUGUAGGAUUUGUAAUGAGAAAUCGUUCACCGAGUGUUCCGAGUGCUCGGGGUAUUUGCGUAUUACAGGAUCUUCAGUCAACGGUAUUACCAGGUGACGCAGCUAUAUACGCCACACGCAACAUAUUCCGUCCUGGUAGCCGCUUCAUUCCAACUCCGAUAAUAAUUCAACCGACAUUAUACCGUAUAUUUUCAGCCGUAUUAACGUUUUCCACUUUCUAAUAUUCUUCGACAUUUUACUACAACUAUAGCGUAUACGCGCAUGCAGGUGACACGGGGGAAUUUUAGGAAUAUGUAAUUAUAGUACACAAGGUGAAAUCACGACCGCGGAUUUUCGAUUAUCCGCUGCAGCUCGUUAAUCCGCGAUAAGCUUCGUGUUUUAUCGUUUUUUAAGCGGGUAUUGGAAUUUAUCGGUGGAAUUGGAUGCCGUAAACCAAACCGAACUGAGAAGUGAAUUUUGGGAGGCAGAAGGAUUUCUUGAAAAAUAAAAAAACGGAAUGCAACAUUCUUAAGGAAAUAAUGAAUCAGUUGUGAACUUUCACCGAAGUACACACAAUAAGACACUUAUUAAUGUAAUUAUGAGAUCGUGUUUUAAUUACAGUUUACCGUGCAUUGUAUAGUUAAUAUAUACGAUGUAUUCUUCAUAAAAAUUUCUCGUCCAAUGUCAGGCUAUAAGGCGAAUGAAUAAACAUAGUAAGAAUACUUAGUAAAUGUAGUGGCGCAUCUGGUUAAUUUUAUGCACUCGUCGCAACUAUAUCCACGUUUGAAAAGCGAUGAGAAACUGCAACUCUCUCCCGUGAAGGUGUACGAGAGAUUUUUGAAUUAAAAUUACCCUGUAGCAAGUGCGAAACGUUCUACUAUUCAACUGUGGUAUAUUGUCGAAGAGAUAAAAUAGCGAAACUCAUACGUAUACGUAUAUCGGCAAACGAGUUAUUUAUGCGCGUUGAAGUUAAAUUCGAAAGAACUAGCGCAUUGAAAAAUAAAAAGUAAAAUGUACGUACGUUUCGGGUUACGAGAGCCGAAGAUAUUAAAGCAAGAUUACAUGAACUUUCGCCUUUCUGCCGAAAAUCUCUUACAAUAAGCCGAUUUGCGAAUUUCAAUUUGUCUCCUGCGUACUUUUGACUUUUUAUCCGAUAGCGGGUGAAAUCUUUGCGUUACGAAUACAGGUUCUAAACAUGUUUUCUAAAUUAAUUAGAUGUACACAUGCUAUUUUUUGGUUCUGACCAACGAUAUAAAUAAUUAUAAUGUUAUGUAAACUCGUUUCAUUUAUUCAAGCUCAUACAUUCACCGACCAGAAUUUAACAAAAACUUGUGAGCGUAUCAAAUUAAGCUGGCAUGAAACAAAAGAAGACGAGAUAAAAAAAUCGGACUUCAUAUAUGAACAAUGUUCAAAGUUUAUAUAUCUGGAGUAUUUCACAAUCGGUUCUUUUUUUUUGCACUUCCGAUCUCUAUUUUUGCUCAUGAUUCUGCAGUCUGAAGAACGUGUAGGUUUUUUGAUAAACUUCUCUUCAAGUACAAAGAGAAAUGAAAUUCUUUCCUUGUACCGAAUCCUUUCUAGUGAAUUUACAUGCUAGCAAACUUUUUUUGGUUCCUAUAAUUUUUCUGUUUUUAUUUUCAUAAAAUCUCGUUACAUUUUCCACGCAUUUCAACUACAUACAUUUGAGCGUUAUUCAAUAAUUUUUUUGAACGGUCCAGAGUGAUAAUCGUACACCCGAAAGGCGUUGAUAUCCACGGAAUGUAUUGUGCGGUUAGAAAUUGGCCUGCAGCUCGCAAAUGAACAGAUCACAUGCGAUGGUCGCAACGCUGU